CUCUACCAUCAUCGCCCACCGACGAGAAGCGGAGACAAGCUUGUGGCUGGAGUAUGCCCUGAGGAAGGACACCAAGUAGAAGAAGCAGAGAAGGUCUCUGGUGCUGCACAGACCGGCUCGAAGUUGUCGAAUGCAAAGAUGAAGGUGGAGGGGAGUCCGUCCUGCGAGUCGUGCCGGUCGGCGCCGAGCACGGUGUACUGCCGCGCAGACGCCGCCGCCCUCUGCGCCACCUGCGACGCCAGCAUCCACUCCGCCAACCUGCUCGCCCGCCGCCACCAACGUGUCCCGGUCCUACUCGCCCUGGCCGGCGGCGGCCUCGUCGUCCGCCCCAGCCUCACCCUCCCCUACCACAUCGGCGUCCCGGUGGGCCUCGACGAAUCGGAGCGCGAGGACGACGAAGAGGAGGAGGCUGCCUCCUGGCUACUGCUCGAUCCUGUGAAGGGCAACGGCCAGGGCGCCGCAGCGCUCCCGCCAUUCGCCGAGGUCGACGAGUUCUUGGACCUCGUUGGGUACAACGCCGGCGAGAAUCAAGGAUCGGAGUGUUGCAAUGGCCCCAUGCAGCAGCAGCAGUUGCAGUACAGCUAUGAGACGAGCGAGGAAAGCGAGUGUUUGGUGCCAAACGAGCUGCAUCAGCUUCAACAGAGCUUGCAGAUGGAGCAUGGUGCCUCCAAUGGGCUCAAUUACUCUGUUUCCUUGUCAUCAGUGGAUGCAAGUGUUGUGCCGGAUACAUCCAACACAUCUCACAUUCGAGCAUCCAAAGGAACCAUACAUCUCUUCUCACCACGAUUCAAUCCCAUGGACAGAGAAGCCAGGGUCAUGAGGUACAGGGAGAAGAGGAAGGCGAGGAAGUUUGAGAAGACCGUCAGGUAUGCCUCGAGAAAGGCAUAUGCUGAAACCAGGCCUCGGAUCAAAGGCCGCUUCGCGAAGAAAUCGGAUGCGGAGCUCGAAGUGGAUCAUAUGUUCUCUGUUGCGGUUUUGGCUGAUUCAAGCUUUGGUGUAGUCCCGUCGUUUUGAUUCAUCUGCAAGAACUCCUGUUGUUAAUUUCCGGUUCGAACAAGAUGCAAUCUUUGAUGAUUUAUAUGAUGAUUCAUUAUCUAAUGA